AUUUUACCGUUCCCAUAAUAUUAUAAUGUUACGGCAAAGGGAACUCAUGGCCGGGGGAGCAGAAUAAACUUGUAUUUUGGUACUUUUCAACUUUGGAGGAUGGCAUACGCUUCGAACCCGGCUCCUCCCAUUCUCGCUCACUCUCUUCUCACAGAGUCCGAACCUGGAAACAAGAUCGACUCAGAAAAGAGCGUGGACGCCGACGACAGGACAUCUCUUUCCGGCACGUGGAAUCUUCAAGAUGACAUUGAUUCAGGGUUUCAAUGUCCGCCAAAAGGACUCUUCCGAAAUGGGGUCGUCAUCGGAAUCUCGACUCUACGCAGUCAACAGAGAAAUGGCAAUGACGAUGAAUUCACGGGACAGUUUCCUCGUCUCCUUCUAUCUGCAUACUUGCACAAGCGCCCAAAAUCACCCACUCCGUUCCCCAGGGCAAUCAUAAUCCACCCAGCUACUUUCGAAGGAUUCUCCCCGAGGAAUCUUCUUUCCUCACUCCUGGCACCAUCUCAAACGCCCCAGUUAACCCGGGAGGAAGCAAUCGCUUGCUUGGACUCGGUCCAGCUCUUCCCAGUAUAUGACGUUGCCGCUGCCGUGCAAGCAAUUUCGGAAGUCUCGAACCUCCUCGAUAGGUCCGAGGAAGAACGAUCCCAGACGCACAAUUCCGAAAGACCCCCAGAGACAGAGACCACCACCCAUCCUUCAGUUCUGCUCAUCAUUGCAGGACUAGACACGCUGGCCGAGGGGGCCGUUCGCGCCUCGAAUACUGUCCGGGGAGCGGCGAUUCUGACGACCGCGUUGCGCUCUUUGACCCAGCUGUCGCGGUUGCAUGGCUCGUUCCUUUCCGUGAUGCUGGUUAAUACCGGCGGGCUUGGAUCUUCGGGGGCAUUUUCCAACAAUGCAAAUAAUGCGCAGCAGACCAACCCGCGAAGAGAUGUUGGCUUUUCCUAUCAAGAUGAUGGCAUUCACUCUAUCUUUCACACGUCUGAGACUCCGCUGCUCCCGAGUUUGUUGAUGCGAACGCUGGAUCAAGGUAUCGAUACGCACCUCUUACUGUCAAGGUCAAGAACUGCUACUGUAGUGGAAGUCAUCAAAGAUCGAGUUGGGGAGGGAAUUGGAAAGUGGUGUAUCUGGGACAGACGAGGGAAAUGACCCUCAAAUCUUCACUAUCGGGUUCCGAAUUUACAGAUGAUGCAGAGCAUUCACUCGGGUGUUUGCGAACCAAAUUUUACAUUCGAUAUUGUACAAGUCAUCUAUCAAAGAUCAAGCC